CAUUCCUGGCCAGGAGCUGCCCUGGAAUUAAUGCUGUCACUGCAGCAGCCCUAAGCCCUCACCAAGAUUGCUCUUUCUUUUCCUGUGUCUGUCAUGUGCUGGCCCUUGCUGUCACCAGGUGAAGCCUAAACUUUCUCCUUCAGGAAGCCUUCCCAGGCUGAGGCUCUGAGAUGCGAUGCUAGGAAUUCAACCCAACCCACUGUUGCCUGAAAAGCCUUGUCCCGGGGACUGCUGAGGAUGUAAACACAGGCUCAUCUUGUACCUACCUUGCCCAGCUGUGGAGUCAGCAUUUCUUUGAAGAGUUCUGCUUCCUUAUGGUGGGUGGGCGCCACAACAGGCCUUCGUGAAUCACCGCUUCGGCGAUGCUCUAAGCUCCGACGAGUCUGAACGUUGGUGUCUAUGGAUCUGCUCUGACUCCUAGAGCCUGCUUAUGGGGGAAGGUGACACCUUCUGGGCCCCAUCUGUCCUUCCUCACGGCAUCCUCAGCACCUUAAGCCACCAUCCCCAACUGCAUUUUGGGAGGAAGAUGGAGUCCAAGGUCUCAGAAGGUGGCCUGAAUGUGACCCUGACAAUCCGCCUGCUGAUGCAUGGAAAGGAAGUUGGAAGCAUCAUCGGGAAGAAAGGAGAGACUGUGAAAAAGAUGCGUGAAGAGAGUGGUGCCAGGAUCAACAUCUCAGAGGGAAACUGCCCAGAGAGAAUCGUGACCAUCACAGGCCCAACCGACGCCAUCUUCAAGGCCUUCGCCAUGAUCGCCUACAAGUUUGAGGAGGACAUCAUCAACUCCAUGAGCAACAGCCCCGCCACCAGCAAGCCCCCCGUGACACUGAGGCUGGUGGUCCCUGCCAGCCAGUGCGGGUCCCUGAUCGGCAAAGGCGGCUCCAAGAUCAAGGAGAUCAGGGAGUCCACAGGUGCCCAGGUCCAGGUGGCCGGGGACAUGCUGCCCAAUUCCACGGAGCGGGCGGUGACCAUCUCUGGGACCCCUGACGCCAUCAUCCAGUGUGUCAAGCAGAUCUGUGUGGUCAUGCUGGAGUCCCCACCGAAAGGUGCCACCAUUCCCUACCGCCCAAAGCCCGCCUCCACCCCUGUCAUUUUUGCAGGUGGUCAGGUAAGAGCCGACCCGCUCGCGGCCUCCACUGCCAACCUCAGCCUUUUACUGCAGCCCCCGCCGCUGCCCGCCUACACGAUCCAGGGACAGUACGCCAUCCCACACCCAGAUCAGUUGACCAAGCUCCACCAGUUGGCCAUGCAGCAACCCCCCUUUCCUCCCCUCGGACAGACCACCCCCGCUUUCCCCGGAGAAAAGCUGCCUUUACACUCCUCCGAAGAAGCUCAAAAUCUGAUGGGCCAGCCCUCAGGUCUGGACGCCAGCCCCCCGGCCAGCACUCACGAGCUCACCAUUCCCAAUGAUCUAAUAGGCUGUAUAAUUGGACGUCAGGGGACCAAAAUCAAUGAAAUUCGACAGAUGUCUGGGGCUCAGAUCAAAAUUGCCAAUGCCACGGAAGGGUCGUCGGAGCGUCAGGUUACUAUCACAGGAAGCCCAGCCAACAUCAGCCUUGCCCAGUAUCUGAUCAACGCGAGGCUGACAUCCGAGGUCACUGGGAUGGGCGCGCUCUAAUCCCGCCCAGCGUCCUCCACGCCGCGAACCCUGGCGCCCGGCCAGCUCGCGCGCUCUGUACAGACAGCCCGCCCUUCGUCACAAGUCCAAAUAGAGGUUUUCUUUACUAACAGUGGUCUGUGCCGUAGACGUCCACACAGCAGCCAAGCAAACCCUCCACUGUACGUGAGCUCCAGGCCUGGCCCUGCCACCGCUCCCGUCUGUCCAUUGCAUGGCCAUGCAGUGUCACUUCUUUUCAAUGCUGUGGGUGUUCCCAUCUGUGCCACUUUACCAGUGUUGUUCCUUAGUGUCAGUGUAACUGUUCAGAGUUGGUUUGACAUUUUGACAGCUCUUCCUAUAAGCCGUCCUCUCCUCACCAUCUAGAACUGUGACUGCCCGUCUCUCACCGGCCUACCUGCUGACUUUGUUUCCCCUCUCCUCCUGGCUUGUAUUGGCCCAUGUGUCCAUGCAGGUCCCUUGCUGGGGUAAGGGUGCACCCUUCCCCUUGUUCCAGGGAAGGAGAAGGAGGGUGCCGGGGUCCUGACCUGACACACAGGUGAAGUGGGGUGCUAGGGCCCUGACUUCACAGAGGUGUCACUGGAUGGGGAGACGGGCCCGCUGAGAGGCUGGAGGGUGCAGACUGGCCAGGAAGCACCUGUGCACCACAUCAGAGGUCAAUAAAGGUUGUGGGCUGCC